AUCGAUUAACGUGCGGAGAGUCAUACCUGUGAGCACUGACUAUCAGUGUUGGGGACGCGAAACGGCCUCUUCUGGUUUAUGUCCGUGGCGUAACGAGGGGAGAAUGGCGGCGGCCCCGAAUACUUUGGAGACUGAGGAGCAGGCAAAGCUACGUUUCCAGGUGGAGCUGGAGUUCGUUCAGUGUCUGGCAAACCCAAACUACCUGAACUUCCUGGCGCAGCGAGGCUACUUCAGAGACCGCACCUUCGUCAAUUAUUUCAAGUACCUGCUGUACUGGAAGGAGCCGGAGUAUGCCAAGUACCUGAAAUACCCGCAGUGCCUGCACAUGCUGGAGCUGCUGCAGUACGAGCACUUCCGCAAGGAGCUGGUGAACGCGCAGUGUGCCAAGUUCAUCGAUGAGCAGCAGCUGCUCCACUGGCAGCACUACUCCCGCAAGCGGGUCCGGCUGCAACAAGCCCUGGCUGAACAGCAGCAGCAGAACAACGCAUCUGGCAAGUGAGGGUGCCGGAGGCUGGGCUGAAAAUUCGGACAAAGACUUUCUCCUGGACACCUGGGGCAGGGAGGACCCCUCCCUUGGAGAUUUGUUUUAUGAACUGUUCAGAGGUGAAGCGAUUGAAUGAGAACAAUGUGCUCCAAUCUGCAGCUCUGUACUCUUCACCAUCAGCUCAAGUCAAUGCUGAGGGUUUCUGUCAGUGGGACAGAACACAACUCUCUCUGGACGUUACCCAGUUGAAAACCCAGAACUGUUGGUCAUUUGUAGAAGGAACUAGCACAAUAUACAGUAAGACCAUGUUACUAGAUUUGAGUGUGUUCUUAAGGGCCUACACCCAGCCAAAACU